CUCAUAUUUACGACGUAACUCUCGACCAAAAAACAGGAGAGUAUUUCUGGACGCUACACCGGAACCCUUGCGUAGCCGAUGUUCUUCCAGCACCUCGGACAUAUUUUGAUGUAACACAAAACACACAGUCAGGGCUCGAAGUGUCAGUUGACGACAUGUGUUUACCGAAACGUGAUUCAGCUGCUCGAUCAAACAUCGUGUAUGUUUGUUGUAGAAGUCAGAUUCCCUGAGAUCCUUUUAGCUGCUUCUCGACCAUGAGUGGCUCCAAGCCAGACAUCCUGUGGUCUCCGCACCACCCGGACCGAUAUGUCAUCUGUGACUCUGAACUGGGCCUCUACCGUAUUGGCCCUGUGGGCAGUGCCGAAACCAAGGCGGGCACUCUCCCUCUCUCUGAAGAAACUGCUGCCACUCUGCUCGCCAUUAACUCUGACACCCCUUAUAUGAAAUGUGUGGCCUGGUAUCCGAAGCAUGAGCCUGAGUGUUUGCUCGCCGUGGGCCAGGCGAACGGCAGAGUGGUGCUCACCAGCCUGGGUCAGAGCCACAACUCCACGUGUAAAGAGCUGGUGGGGAAAGAGUUUGUGCCCAAGCAUGCCCGUCAAUGCAACACGCUCGCCUGGAACCCAGUGGAUAGUAACUUGCUGGCAGCGGGGCUGGACAAACACAGGGCAGACUUCUCUGUCCUAAUAUGGGACAUCAGCAGUAAGUUUUCCCCGGAGGCCAGUGUCACCGCUGAGAAGAUUCGUCUCUCGUCUGUGGAUUUGGACUCUAGCUCAGUAGUGACUAAACCGCUGUAUGAAUUAGGCCAGAAUGAUGCUUGUCUAUCCCUCUGCUGGCUGCUCCGGGACCCGAAGCUUCUGUUGGCUGGCAUGCACAGGAACCUUGCAAUAUUUGACCUCAGAAACACCAGCCAGAAAACGUUUGUCAACACUAAGGCCAUCCAGGGAGUGGCGGUUGACCCGCACUUCCAUGACAGGGUGGCCUCUUUCUUUGAGGGCCAGGUGGCCAUCUGGGACCUGAGGAAGUUUGAGAAGCCUGUGCUCACACUCACGGAGCAGCCAAAGCCACUCACUAAGGUUGCUUGGUGUCCAACCCGUACCGGUCUGCUGGCCACUCUGACAAGAGACAGCAACAUCAUCCGCCUGUAUGACAUGCAACACACUCCUACGCCAAUCGGCGACGAGACAGAGCCCACUAUCAUCGAGCGAAGCGUGCAGCCGUGUGAAAGCCAGAUCGGCAGCUUCGCUUGGCACCCGUCGUCUCAGAACCGCAUGGUGGUCGUGUCAGCGGCUAACCGGGUCAUGACUGACUUCACGGUGUUUGAACGCAUCUCGCUGGCCUGGAGCUCCACCACCGCGCUGAUGUGGGCGUGCGGCAGACACCUCUAUGACUGCGUGGAGGACGGGGCUGAAGGAGUGGACAGCGCGAUCGAGAAGGACAUCGCCACCAGGAUGAGGCAGAGGGCACAGUCCAGGUACGGACAUGAUACUGUCCAGGUGUGGAGGAACCACCUGCUGGCGGGAGGAAACGACCCUCAGCUCAAGUCUUUGUGGUUUGACUUGUUUUAUAUGAAGCAGUGUGCAGAGGAUCUGGAGCUGAAACUGCCGGGGAAUAAACAGUCGGUGGUUUACUCCGGUAUCAAGAACAUUGUAAAGAGCAGCUCAGGCACAACGGAGAGCCGUAAGUGCUGGAGCGGCUCAGACCGCCAGACGGACGUGCCGCGAUUCCUCAGCGAGGAGCGCUUCCUCGCCCUGCGGCUCUGCGGCUGGAUCGGCCGGGGUCCCGACAUCGACGUCGAGAUAUUCCUGCGGUCUCUGGAGCAGGAGCGAGAGUGGGAGCGGGCGGCCGCUGUGGCUCUGUUCAACCUGGACAUCCGCCGCGCCAUCCAGAUCCUCAACAAGGGAGCCACUGCUGAGAAGGGUGACCUGAACCUGAAUGUAGUCGCCAUGGCUCUGUCCGGCUACACGGACGAGAAGUCGUCUCUGUGGAGGGAGAUGUGCAGCUCGCUCAGGCUGCAGCUGAAGAACCCCUACCUGUGUGUCAUGUUUGCCUUUCUCACCAGUGAGCCUGGAGCCUACGAUGGCGUGCUGAAUGAAAGCAGUGUUGCCGUGCGGGACCGGGUUGCCUUUGCUUGUAUGUUUCUCAGUGACGCCCAGCUGCCUCGUUACAUCGACAAACUGACCAAUGAGAUGAAGGAGGCGGGAAACCUGGAGGGAAUCCUGCUGACGGGGUUGACUAAAGAUGGCGUAGACCUUAUGGAGAGCUAUGUGGACCGCACAGGGGACGUCCAGACCGCCAGCUUCUGCAUGUUGAAGGGCUCUCCAGGUGAUGUGUUGAAAGAUCCUCGUGUCCAAUGCUGGAUCGAGAACUACCGCAACCUGUUGGAUGCGUGGAGAUUCUGGCACAAACGUGCCGAGUUCGACAUCCACAGAGGAAAGCUGGACGCCAGCUCCAAACCACUGGCUCAGGUGUUUGUGAGCUGCAACUUCUGUGGGAAGUCCAUCUCCUACAGUUGCUCGGCGAUGCCCCACCAGGGCCGCGGCUUCAGCCAGUACGGUGUCAGUGGCUCGCCCACCAAGUCCAAAGUCACCAGUUGCCCCGGCUGCAGGAAGCCCCUGCCUCGCUGUGCCCUCUGCCUCAUGAACAUGGGCACACCUGUUUCCAACUGCCCAGGUGAACUGUCGAGAACGGGGAAGUCGGAUGAGAAGAUGGACCUGACAAGGGAGAACAAACUUGCUCAGUUCAACAACUGGUUCACCUGGUGUCACAACUGUCGACACGGAGGCCACGCGGGUCACAUGCUCAGCUGGUUCAGAGACCACACAGAGUGCCCAGUGUCGGCCUGUACGUGUAAAUGCAUGCAGCUGGACACCACAGGGAACCUGGUGCCUUCAGACAGCAGCUAAACAGAAGACGCCUGUCGGAAACUGAAGCCAAACACCAGCAUGAAGCCAAUCAGCACAGGUUCACUGCUGCACCCGCUACACCGACAACUGGCCAAGGGACGAAGGGGUGCCAGCAGCGUCUUCCUCUGGAGCGGCUGCUUGAAUAGAAUGACAUACUGUUAAGUUAUAGCCUAGUGAAUGUAAUGUUUGUAACAGAGCCCUAUAUGAAGAAGGGAGGCAGUGUGUGUUACUGAUCUCACUAACUGAAUCAAUGACAGAAAGGGAGCAAAUGCAAACUCACUGCUCUGCUAAUAAGAAUCCUACUCAGGAGAAACACAAGAGGCUCUGCUGUAAUCAGCCUCUUCCAAUCUAACCUGAAUCAGGCUUAUGGUUUAAUCGUUAUAUAUUAAAGAAGAAGAAUCAAAUGUUCAGUCACACAUCAGGUUGUAAAGAUGUGAUCACAGGUGCCAAUAUGUCUGUUUUUCAUAGAUUGUGUUUUAACAUUUAACGUCUUGUGUUUGUCUUACGAAAGAGUCUUCACAUACCUCAUGAAAGCGUGGAUGUUCGGGAGGUGAAGCACGGUCUCUCCGGGUGACGGAGCGGAGUGUAGCGCACAAUAACAACACUCUCUUGCUCUCUUCAUGUUCCUCUGUGCCUAUCUACAUCUGGCAUUGUGCAGGGUGAGGGUGGUUUAGGGGGUGAGGAGGAUGAGGGAUUGAAGAAGGUAGGGGUGUGGGGUGAGGAGGUGGUGGAGAAGGAGGGAGGGAGGGCGGGUGGGUGGGUGGGUGGUGCGUGCGUCUGUCUGUAUUCACCAGCCCACUCCGGGCCUGUGGUCCAUGAAAGAAGCUCGCCAGAAAACAGCAGCUGCUCGGCACUCUGACAAGACCCUCCAGAUUGUUCCCCUCAUAAAGAACCUCAGCUGCCGGAACACUAUUGACUCAAAGAGAGGGCGAGAGAACAGACAGCCUGAGCCCUCUCACCUCCCUCCCCUCCUUUCCUGCACCCACUGACACACACACACACAGACGUGCCCUCUCUUUCUUUCUCUUUCUCUCUGGUGCCCAAAUUGCACCCCGAAACUAUGCAUACCACACAUCAAUCCAAGGAUGGGCGCCGUCUGUGGGGGGACGGUCGUGUGUAAGCCGCAUUGUUAAUGGGUUUUCUCUCUUUCUCUGCCACCCUCCCUGCUCUGUCACCAACCUAGGGAGGCAUUGUAAGUGAGAGGCAGCUUGCACCAGAGCUGGCUAAAUCACUUAGUCAUGGAGUAGGGAGGGGGAGGUGAGGAGGAGGAGGAGGAGAAGAAGAGGGGGGGUACAGGAGCUACUGUAUGCCGCUUUCACCAGGAUCCCGGUGUGGGAGGUUUUACAGGCCUGCUUGCCCUUUUGUGAACUAUUUUGAAGUGGAGCUGACAAAUUGGCGAGCCGUGUAGCGUCCCAAAAAACAGGGAGGCUGGAAUUUCAUCCUUUCACUGUUUCUUGUUGUGUUUGCCUUUUAAAUAAAUUCCGGCUGACAAAUUGGA